AUGCCCCAGGCCCCCGGCAUCGUGAGCAACCUGCUCUUUCCGUCAUUUGUCCUUCCUUUCACUAAGCGACAUGCUCAUUCUUCAAUGGAGACUGCUACACGCUUCGCCAACUGCACACGAGCUCGCGUUAAGACCAACAAUGACGGCAUCAUCAUCCGCACCGACUUAAUCCGAGACGAGCUUACGAAAUGGCUUACGGAUAACUUUGUGAUCCUAUCGCUCGGACAGGAGAUUGUCUCAUUCGGCAAGUCACCCGCAGCGAACGGCUCCGCUCUAGAUUCCGUGCUCGUCUGCGAGUGCACGGGGGGCACCGUGGAAUCUGGAGCGUACCAGUUGCACCAGGUGAAAAUAGAUGUCCAGGCUUACCAACUCCAUACGCAGUCUGGACCUGAAGAUCCGCAGCUCGCUCAGACAGGUGACGGCCUCACCGAACAUGGCACGGACAUAGCGAGGGCAAGGGUCAUGGCACUGCCAAGCUCAGAUCUAAACGGGCUUUGGGAAUCGUUGCAUUUCGACGAGCCUAUCCAGUCGACAAUUCUUACUGCUAUAAGCAGAAUGCUCUCAUUCUCUGCUUGCAAGCUCGACAAGUGGACCAUCGACUGGAACAAGCUGGUUCUUUUAUGGGGGCCGCCUGGGACAGGGAAAACGAGCCUCUGUCGCGGCCUGGCUCAGAAACUUGCUAUACGUUUGGGGAAAGACUACCCCCAGAGCAAGCUAAUUGAAAUCAAUGCACAUGCGCUGGGAAGUAAGUUCUUCAGCGAGGGAGCCAAGUUGGUGGAUCAAAUGUUCGAGCGCAUAGAUCUGCUGCUCGAAGCGGAGGAUGAAACCCUCGUCUGCGUCUUCAUCGAUGAAAUCGAGACACUAGCUGCCCGCAGAGACCGAGCGUUGAACAGCAAUGAACCAUUCGAUGCUAUUCGAGCGGUGAACGCCCUGUUGACAGGUCUCGACAAAGUCAAAGCCCAUCCGAAUGUAGUUGUGCUCUGCACGAGCAACUUGUUUUCCGCAUUGGACCCGGCAUUCCUCGAUCGAAUCGAUCUCAAGCAAUAUGUACCGAAUUUAUCCAGCCGGUCAAUUUAUCGCAUCUACAAGGAUUGUCUGGAGGAGAUGAGCCGUAGUCACAUCAUUGAAGGCGGCACGUUUGACGUCAAAAUGAUCAACCCAGAUGACCUACAAGCAGCACUGUCAUAUGUGGAAGAGCCCGCCGAGCGACUCAUGAUACCAACAUAUGAUGAGAUGAUUGUCAAUUACCCGAUGUUUCCAGAAGCCGUCCCGACGCAGCUGGCGGAGGCAGUGUCGGAGAGCCUGGGCUUGAGUGGCCGAACAAUCCGUCGAUUACCGAUAUUGUCGCUGGUGAUGUAUGGCGAGGGAGGGAGAAGCGAUAUCCGGAGGGCGAUUCAUGCGCUGCGGAAGGGGAUUGCGGCGGAAAGGCUGACUAACCAAUUAGAGGCCGCGGAUUGCAAGCCAUUCUGUGAGGGAAGAGAGAAACCAGAGCCAUUGAGGGUGCUGGAUCAAGCAAUGGAGGGCGUGCCCUUCCGGGGUGUCGCACGUCAGACCUUGAGCAAGACCUCCUCGCGUGCGUCUUCCUCUGCCGCCGGUUCCGAAUCCGCCAGCUCCCCCUUCAACCUCACACUCACGGCCUCCGCCGCCACCGCCGUCGCUAUCGGUUCGGCUGCCUAUCUCUAUGGCCAAGAGGCUCACGCCAUGACGCCUGCUGAGGAGGGUCUGCACGCUACCGCAUACCCUUGGGAGCACGCCAAGUGGAACAAGACAUUUGAUCACGCCGCUCUCCGCCGUGGUUUCCAGGUCUACCGUGAAGUCUGCGCCAGCUGCCACUCCCUGACCCGCGUGCCCUGGCGCUCUUUCGUCGGUGUCCUCCACACCGUCGAUGAGAUGAAGGCCAUGGCCGAAGAGUACGAGUACGACACCGAGCCCAACGACCAGGGUGAGAUUGAGAAGCGCCCCGGAAAGCUGUCCGACUACAUUCCCGCCCCUUACCCCAACGAGGAGGCCGCCCGUGCUGCCAAUGGUGGUGCUCUGCCCCCGGAUCUCAGCUUGAUCGUCAAGGGCCGUCACGGUGGCUGCAACUACAUCUUCAGUUUGUUGACCGGUUACCCCGAUGAGCCCCCAGCUGGUGUCCAGCUCGCCGAGGGCAUGAACUUCAACCCCUACUUCCCCGGUACCGGUAUUGCCAUGGGUCGUGUUCUCUUCGACGGUGUCGUUGAGUACGAGGACGGUACCCCUGCCACCACCUCCCAGAUGGCCAAGGAUGUUGUUGAGUUCCUCAACUGGGCCGCCGAGCCCGAGAUGGACGACCGCAAGAAGAUGGGUGUCAAGGCUAUCACCCUUCUCACCGGUCUCUUCGCCCUGAGCGUCUGGGUCAAGCGUUACAAGUGGUCUCCGAUCAAGACGAGAAAGAUCGUGUACAGCCCCCCCGUCUCCCGGCGCUGA